AGUCGGAGUCAGCCAGUGGCCAGGAGAGGGAGGAGGAGAGUCGAUCAUCUGAUUCUUUUCCUGUCCCACCCUCUACCGGACAGACGGGAAGAGUUCACGGUAAACGGGCUCUCGACUCACCGACAUUCACAGCGUUUCUGCGCGCACGGAUCAACGCCACCAACGCGGAGGCACCAGAACGACGCGACGCGAUCAAACUCCAGCGUUUUAAACAGGCCCGCGACUAUUCCUGCCUCGCACACCCGCUCAACAGACGCCGAACUUCGGCAGAACUUCUCAAACUCUUGUCGGAGGAGCUGAGGUGGUCGGUACGCGGUGGAGAAACGCGACGACGCGCCGCGAGAGAGCGUUUCUUACCACCGCGUUGGAGCGCGUCUGUCCGCGCGUUGAGUUCGCUUUUCCUGCUAUUCUUCUUCUGAGCGCUUCCUGCUCGGCCAAAAACCGCACUGCUAAAAAUACUGGACCGCUUAACUGACCUAACUCCGUUCACCUCCCGCUUCACCGUCUUCUCCAGCGCCCGGGAGUCCGGUAACUCAGCAGAUCUGCGUGUUUACUAUAAUUACCAACGUUUACUUUUACGGUUAAAAGUGGAGAAUGCAGGAAGAAACGCUCCUCAAGUGACUUCGACGCUGAAGCAGAGCUCGGAGAGUUCCUUCACCGUCUUCAAGUGUGUAUUUGUGUUGUGUUUGGGGGAUUUCAGAUCCAUCUAGCCGUGUUUUGAACUUUACGACCUUUAUAAAUGGAGUCCGCAGAAAGAAACGCGUCUUGAUUGACUGUAGAUCAUUAAACCAGAGACUGGGGCGUUUAUUCACUCCAUCCUGGUGUUGUUCUGUGUAUUGUCUGCUCUUUAUGGGAAUUUGAGAGUAAUCUAUACACUUAUUUUGAACUUUACGACGUUUCCAGAUGGAUUAUGCGGUAAGGAACGCGACUUGAUUGAGUGUGCAUCAUUAAACCAGAGACUGGAGCGUCCAUUCACUUCAUCCUGAUAUUUUUCUGUAUAUAUUUUUGGGAGUUUGAGAUCCAUCUGUUUGCUCAUUUGGAUCUUUACACCUUUUUUAAACACACCUCAGUUGGUUUUCCCUAAUUGAAUUGGACCUCAGAGCAUCCCUUCAUUUCACCCCAAUCAUUCUGUGUGUUUAUGUUGUUUUGGGGAGUUUGAGAUCUGGGAAGUAAGCAGAUCCAUGUUACGCUCAUUUUGAGCUUUACAACGUUUAUAAAUGGAGUAUGCCAGAGUAAACACUCCUCUAUUGACCCUCUAUAACUAAAUUAGACCCCGGAGCAUCCAUUCCAGUGUUUUUGUGUGUAUUUUUGGGAAUUUGAGAUCCAUUUUACGCUCAUUCUGAACAGUAUUCUGUUUAAAAAUGGAGUAUAAGUGAAGAAGUGUGUCUUAAUCGACUUUACAUCACUGAAUUGGACCUUUAAGUAUUGAUUGGGACUGCAUCAUAAUCUUCCGUGCCUUCUCACGAUUGACAAGUGUUCGUGCUGUUUUUGGGAAUUCGCGAUCCAUCGCUCAUUCGUAACUUUACGACAUUUAAAAAUGGAGUACGCAGGAAAAACAUUCCUCGAUUGACUUUACGUCACUAAAUUGUACUGAGUGUCCAUAUAAUCAGUUCCAGUCUUAUUGUGUGUAUCUGCGCUCCUGUUGGGAAUUUGAGCUCGUUUUGAACUUGACGACAUUUAUAAUUGGAGUACACUAGAAGAAACACCCCUUUAUUGACAAACCAUCAGUAAAUUGUUGGUUUGUACAAUUUCCAACUUUACGACAUUUAUAAUUGGAAUACACACGAAGAAAUGAUAUUUGACCGUCUCUAACGAAAUUGUAGCUUGAAGUAUCCUAUAACACCAUUCCCAAUCUUUGUAUCUGUGUGUUUGAGGAAUUUGAGAUCCAACUACACGCUGAUUCCGAAUUUGACGAUACUUAUAAAUGGAGCACGCAGUAGAAAACGCCCCUUGAUUGACCUUAGGUCAUUAAAUUGUACCUCGGAGCCUCCAUUAUAAUCCAUUCCAAUCUUUAGUGUCUAUUUUUUGGGAAAUUGGGAUCCAGUUUUUAAGAUCCGUCUAUACGCUGGUUCUGAAUUUUACGAUAAUUAUAGGUGAUGUACUAUGCAGGAAAAAACGUUCUUUAAUUGAUCGCCCGUCACUAAAUCGUACCUUGGAGCGGCAUUCCCACUCGUUAACGCUUGUAGGGAUUGACGUCUGAUGGAGACGCGUUCACCGAUGAUUGGGACGAACGGAGAUUUGAGGGCGAGAGGGGUCGUGACGUCCCCAAUUCCGUAUCCACAUUUAACCCACUUCGGUCUUGGAUUGUAAGUCCAAUGGAGCCGCUGAAGAAUAUCUUCUCCCGCGGGCCGCUGUGGAAGAACCUGGACCAGCAGACUCAAAAGGGGAGUUUCAGCAAUCCGGUGUGGACCGCUCUGUUCGAUUAUGAGGCCUCGGGGAAGGACGAACUCACCCUGCGGAAAGGAGACCUGGUGGAGGUUUUGUCGCUAGACUCGGAGAUCUCCGGCGAUGAGGGAUGGUGGGCCGGGAAGGUCAACAACAAAGUGGGAAUCUUCCCCUCCAACUAUGUGUCCUUCAAACCAAGUGGUUAUGGUAAGUCUGGUGUGGUGGGCCCUGCGGUGGUCAACGCUCUGGAGCCGCAGCCGGUGGAGUUCUGUGAGCUCAGCCUGCAGGAGGUGAUCGGGGUCGGGGGUUUCGGUAAAGUUUACCGUGGGACCUGGCGAGGCGAGCUGGUGGCGGUAAAAGCAGCCCGUCAGGAUCCAGACGAGGACAUCAGCGUGACAGCGCAGAACGUCCAGAACGAAGCCCGCCUGUUCGCCAUGCUGCAGCACCCCAACAUCAUCAGCCUGAAGGGCGUCUGUCUGCAGGAGCCCAACCUGUGUCUGAUCAUGGAGUACGCGUCCGGCGGGGCCCUGAGCCGAGCGCUGGCCGGCAGGAGGAUCCCUCCACAUGUGCUGGUCAACUGGGCUGUGCAGAUCGCCAGAGGGAUGCUGUACCUGCACAGCGAGGCCAUCGUACCGGUCAUACACCGAGACCUCAAGUCCAACAACAUUCUGCUGGCGGAGCCGAUAGAGAAGGGCAGCAUCGAGGGCAAAACGCUAAAGAUCACAGAUUUCGGGCUGGCACGCGAGUGGCACAAGACCACCAAGAUGAGCACUGCGGGUACCUAUGCAUGGAUGGCGCCGGAGGUCAUCAAAUCCUCCACCUUCUCUAAAGGCAGCGACGUCUGGAGCUAUGGUGUCCUAUUAUGGGAGCUGCUCACUGGAGAGGCUCCCUACAGAGGGAUUGAUGGUCUGGCUGUUGCUUAUGGAGUCGCUGUGAACAAACUGACCCUGCCGAUCCCUUCAACCUGCCCUGAACCCUUCGCUCAGCUCAUGUCUGAGUGCUGGGAUCAGGAUCCACACCGGCGGCCCAGUUUCGGCUGUAUUCUGGAGCAGCUGACGGCUCUGGAGGAGCAGGUGAUGUACGAGAUGCCGCAGGACUCCUUUCACUCGCUGCAGGAGGACUGGAAGCUGGAGAUCCAGGACAUGUUCGAUGAGCUGCGCGCCAAAGAGAAGGAGCUGCGGUGCCGGGAGGAGGAGCUGAAGCGAGCAGCGCUGGAGCAGAAGUCUCAUGAGGAGUUCCUCCGCCAGCGGGAGCAGCAGCUGGCCCAGUGGGAGCAGGAGGUGUUCGAGCGCGAGCUCUCGCUGCUCAUCCUCAACCUCAACCACAACCACAGACCCAACGUCAAGAAGCGCAAGGGCACGUUCAAGAAGCACAAGCUCAAGGGCAAGAACGGAGAGAAGAUCAGCAUGCCGCAGGAUUUUAUCCAUAAGAUCACUGUGCAGGCGUCUCCGGGUUUGGAGAAGAGGCGCAAUUCACCUGAUUUGGGUUCUCCAUCCAUCGGCCCGCGCUUCAGAGCCAUACAGCUGAUGCCCAGUGAGAGUAAGUGGAGCUCCGUGUGGUCGGCAGAGUCUCUGUCUCUGAAGAACAGCAAUGGAGAGAAGAGAUUCACUACACACCUGAACCCCAAGAGCCCCAAAAUCCUGAGACUCACCACACAGGACAGUUUGUCUAUGAGAGCUAAACUUCUGGAUGUGGACAGUAAUGAGAACGGAGACUCGAAAGCCGACUUUGUCGAGUACAAACCAGUGACAUCAGAGUCCAGCCACAACGAGGGCUCAGAGAGUGAGGAGGGCUACUCUCCGUGUGCAUCUCCUCGUUUUGAUCGUCCCUCUCUCUCCUGCAUGGUGAAGAACACACACUCUGCUCUGCUCAGUAGCGGUGCCCUGCUUGCGUGUGUUGCUCUGGGCCGUAAUCUGGAGCCGCAGCCGCCACCACCAACCCCCCCGCCACGGGCCUCGCCACGCACACACCUGCCAGAGCUGCGCACACACCUGUCAGAGCCAGAGCUACGCACACACCUGUCAGAGCUGGAGCCUCACACACACCUCUCGGAGCCGCGUGCACACCUGCCGGAGCGGGACCUGAUCAGCUUCAGCACAGACUCUCUGCCACGGGCAUUCCUGGAGUCCCUGGAGCCGCCGCCGCCACACCCACGGGGUAGAGAGCGCAGCGCUAGCAGAGCACACACUGACCAGAACACAUUCGCUAAUGGGGACAUGGACGGACCGAGCCAUAGCAGAGAGCGCAGGCGGAGGUCUAGCAGCAGCACACGGUCCUCACAGCUGGUGCUGGAUCUUCCUCUCUGUCAGGACACACUGGAGCAGAAGAGCCCACUGCCGUUCGCCCUGUACCCGGACCCUCGCCUCUGGAGCCCCAAGACCCGCCGUCUGGAGGUCAACAUCAUCCCCCGGCCACGGCCCUCACCCAACCGGCCCCGCAUUGACCCCUGGAGCUUUGUGUCUGCGGGCAUGUCUGCAGAGCGACCCCGAGGCUCCAGCAGCCCCGCCAGCCCUCUGCUGGGCAUACGGCCCUCGCCCACCAACCCAUUCUCCAGCAGCGCCCUGUUCCCCUCGCCUGACUGCGACCCAUUCGCCCUUCAGUUGGAGCCAGCGGUGACAGCCGAGCACGGGUUUGACCCCUUCUGCCCGCCGUUCCCCACCUCACGCUCGGCCCCCUGCUCUGCCAACGCCAGCCCGAGCCUGAGCCUGCGGGGGGCGCCACUGCAGCCACCCACCCCUCCGCUGCUGGAGCUCAGCUGGGUGAGUGUGUCCCGCCCGCCAGACAGCAGAGAGAGACUGCAGCCGCCCCGCAGCCUGAGUGCGUUCAGAUCCGCAGCACCACUGUCAGAAGACCACUUCUGAAACAAACAAACACACCGCUGAUGAUACACACACACACACACACCGCGGAAAAUACACACACCCCUCUGAUGACACGAACAAACACAUCUCUCAUGAUACAAAUACACACACACACACACACACACAAACGCACACCCAAACCCACCCACCGACUGCUGGUAAUACGCACACACAUACACUGCUGAUUUUACACACACACACACAACGCUGAUAAUACACACGAACACCACACACCACAGAUGAUGUACACACACACACACAGCAAAAACUUCAGCAACUUGUUAUAAAACUUGUUUAUUUACAGCGGAGUGUUUUGUACAGUCAUGUGACUCCAGUCCUGCCCUCUGAUUGGGUGAUCUGGGGGUCUCAGGGUCUGUGGUAUGUGUGUGUGCGCGUUAUUGUGCAGGAGAACACAAUACUGUGCCAAAAAAGAGCAGAUAUAGAGUGUGUGUGUGUGUGUGUGUGGGAGUGUUGAUGGAUCUGUGCUGACCACUGCUGUUUGUGAACACAAACACACCUUCCGUGUGUUGAGCCAAUAAUAUUAAUAUACACACACACCUGAUUAUCAGUGCUUCUGUGCGUUAAAACUUUAAACAACAUCUCUUAACAUUAUAUGUGUGCAUUCAUACAUGCAUAAUAUACAGUACACACACACACACACACACACACACACACACAUAUACAUAUAAAUAUAAGCAGUCCCCAUGAAUCUUUAAACAGCACUAGUGUGUACACAAAAUGAGGGUGAUAUUGUAGGAAUAUAUUUAAGUAGUUGAUUUGCGUAAUGAUUCAAUCAUUCUAACGAUUCAAUGACUCUUUAGGGAUGUUUAAUUGAAUCAUUUGACUCAAAUGAUUUCUUCAGAAACGGAUUCAUUCAGGAAAUGUUGCUCUGAGGUGCACAAAUGAGUUGUGCUUGAUCGUCCUGUUUCAGGGAAAUUUGUCUUGGGCAACCAUGACAUGGCCAGAACACAUUACAACACAAUAAACUACACAUAUAGAACUGAAUUAAUAAUAAUACUAGUGAUAAUAAAGUAAAAAGAGUUAUUUUCACUGGCGAAACUCAACAAUAACACAUUAUUUAGUUUAUCGUGGCCUCUUAAAGUCUUAAAUUUCAAAAACGAAAUGUUAGGCCAUAUAGAGUCUUAAAUUGACUGAAAUAUUGUGUUGUAGGUCUUGAAUCAUUUUCAGCUGUCUAUGUAGAGAUAUUCAGUCUGGCUCAUACGAACACAGUACAACUCUGGCAAAGCUCAGUCUAUUAACUCUAUUCACUAAUGAGCGUCAUUACAGUAACAUUAGUUUAAAAGUUCUCCAUGUGUUUAUGGAGCAGACAUGCUGAAGACAAUGAAUAUACAUAUAGAAAUAUAACCUGGACAUCAUAUUAAAGUGAAUGUUUUUAAAUCUAUUAGGAGCAAACCUCCUAAAGGGGUUUAAAUCCUCUUUAUUUCUGAUAAAAAUGCUCAAAAACGUUUUACUUUAAGGGUUUGAGAGCAAAUCUGCUCAAUUAUGUCCAUUUCCAGGGGCGUAGAAACCGGGGUGGAUGAAGGGGGAUACGCCCCCCUCAUUUUUAGAGACGGAGCAUUUAGAAACAGGUGAUUAUUGAUUAUAUAAUUGUAAACUUUUGGAUCUCAUACAGCUGUUUAAAAUGUCCGCUACGCCCCCGUCCAUUUCUCUCAGAGAAUGUGAGUGUAAAUAUGUAAAGAUUGUUCAGCCGAGCAGCAGAAAACGGGUUUUAUAGUCUUGAAUUAUUUGUGCUAAACUUUAAAAGGCAGAUGAUGUUCUGUUGAUCUAAGCUUGACCUGAUUUUGGACCGUUUUUUCUGAAAACUAAAAGUCUUAAAGGCACAGGUCACCUGUCCACAUUUUUAUUCAGCUCUAUGGGAGUUUCUUUCUUCUACUGAAGACUAAACAAGAUAUUCUGAAGAUCGCUGGAAAAACAUCAGACAGAGUUUUGUGGUCCUGCUAUGGAUGUAAAUGUCUGCUUUUGCCCCCAGUGUUCCUCAGAAUGUAAACGGGAGUGGAAAUGUUCAUUUUUGGGUGAACUGGCCCUUUAAGAGCUUCAGUCAUUCUGCUGCGUCACUAGUGAAUGAAUCGUGAGAACACAAACACUGAGCGAGUGUGUGUGUGUGUGUUGUCACACACUUUGUCUCCCCCUGCUGGAUGCUCAGACAGCUUCACACUAUCUAUAGCAGGGGUGUCAAUCUCACUUCCAGGAGGGCUACAGCCCUGCACUGUUCAGCUUUAACACACUCACCUGGAGGUCUCAAACAAGCCUGAAGGACUCAAUUAGUUGGAUCAAGUGUGUUUAAAUAGGGUUGGAACUAAUCUGUGCAGAGCUGCGGCCCUCCAGGAGUUUGACACCUGUGCUUUAUAGCCUCUUUUACACACAGUUUUCUUGGAAAUUACCGGUAAACGUUAAUUCCCACAUGAGAUGUAUAAAAAGUUUAACUUAAACACGCCAGUAAAUCGUGUAAAUAAAAAUUCCUGCACUUUUUAGUAAUAAGUUGUAGCAUCCCCAGAAAUUUGACAGUGUGAGCAAGUGAAUUGUUUUAGUUUAUUCCUUACAAUUCUGAUGGACUUUUUCUGUGCACAAAUGCGACAGUGGUAACCUAUUUCACAACCGUGAAUACUAAUAAAAGAUCUUAAUUUAUCUGCAGUUCAGCCAGAAUCCGUAACAUGCGAUAGCUGUCGUUACUAUUUUAACAAUUUCACGGUGAAGAAGCGCUUCAGUAACCAUGACGACCUGACAGCGUGCUGACGUGAGCUUUUAUUUUCCCAACACUGAAAAUCCUACAAAUGUUUCUAUACACAAAUCUGACAAUCUCUCUCGCUUUCUUGACUUUUUUCCUCUCUAAAAUAAGCUUGUGUGUGUGUGUUUAUAUAUAUAUAUAUAAUUCAGUCAGCAUUUUGAGAUAGUCGCGAUUCUAAUAAUUGAGCAAUUCUGAGUUAUAAUUUGACAUUUUUUAGUUUAUACUUCAGAAUUAACUUCACAAUAAUAAUCACAAUAAAUUUACAAAUAUUUAUAUACAAAAAUCUGACAAUAUUGACUUUUUGCAUAUUUCGCAACAGCGUAUACUUAAAAAAAAGGUUUUAGCCUGUAGUUCAGUCUGAAUCAUCAUAGCUGCGCGAUAGCUGCGUUACUAUUUUAACGUUGUGAUGGGGAAAAUUUCACAAUUGACACAAUGUUAACUCAAGAUUCAGCCAGUGUUCCUACAGUUUAGACUAUUUCACAUUUCUUCGUUUAUACCUUGCAGUUAACUUCACAAUAAAAAUCACAACACCCUUGCAAAUGUUUAUUUACAGAAAUCGGACAAAUUUUAGACUGAAAACUUUUACUAUUUCACAAUUGACAAGUUAUUAACUCACGAUUCAGCGACUCUAAUCAUGGACAUUUCUUUUAGUUUAUACCUCGUAAUGAACAUCGCAAUAAUAAUCAUACCUGCAGAUUUUAUAUUCACAAAUCAGACAAUCUCGCCUUCAUGACUUUUUCUCUCUGAAAUGCUAGUUUGUAUUUAUUCAUUACGCAGUUUUUAUUUUAUUUACAAUUUUAGACUGUUUUUGUUCAUAAUUCAGUGAGCAUUGUGAGAGUCACAAUUCUAAUAAUUGGACAAUUCUGAGUCAUAAUUUGACAUUUUUUAGUUUAUACCUCGGCAUUAACUUCACAAUAAUAAUCUCAAUGAUGCUGCAAAUAUUUAUAUACAAAAAUCUGACAAUAUUGACUUUUUGCAUAUUUCGCAACAACGUAUACUUUAACAAAAGAUUUUAGCCUGUAGUUCAGUCUGAAUCUUCAUCACCGUGUGAUCGUCGCGUUACUAUUUUAACGUUUUGAUGGUGAAAAUUUCACAAUUGACAAAGUGUUAACUCAAGAUUCAGUCAAUGAUGUGAGAGUCCCGAUUCUCACAGUCCUACCUUUUAGACCUUUUGUUUCACAUUUCCUGGUUUAUACCUUACAAAUAACUUCGCAAUAGAAAUCACAAUACACUUCCAAGUGUUUAUAUACAGUAAUCGAACACAUUUUUCCUCACUUUUUUCGCUGAAAUGCAAGUUUAAAAACUUUUAAUAGCAUGAAAUGAAUGAAAAUGACAAUUUGACAAUUGACGAUAUUACCUCAGGAUUCGGUCAGUGCUGUGAGAUUGCUGUGUUUCUAAUAAUCUUUAUAAUUUCACAUUUAGUUUAUACCUCGCAAUGACUAUCGCAAUAAUCAUCGCAAUACACCUGCAAACUUUAUACACACAAAUCCGACAAUCGUGCUUUCUUGACUUUUAUUGCAUUUCUUUUAUUUGAAUUGCAGGUUUAUCUCUUUAUUUCGCUAUUGUUUCGUUAAAAGUGCUAUUCAGAAUGACCUUUUUUAGUUUUAUUUAAAGAAUCGACGCAAUAGUCCCUCACGACUCUGUCAGCGUCGCGAUUCUAAUAAUCAAGCAAUCUUGACCUUUAAUUUCACAUUUCUUAGUUCAUACUUCACGAUAAUAAUCUCAAUAAACCUGCGAAAUGACGUGUUUAUUUUCACUAAUCUGUUCACAUUUCACGACGAUGUACACUUAAAAUAAAAUGAAAGGGUUUCAGUCAGAAUUCCCCAUAACCUAAUACUAACCAUAAUGCUGAAAAUGUGCUACUGCAACACCUCAAGACCACCAGCUCAAACAGCUCAGUGGUCAGCACAGAUGGGUGAGGGGUGUUUAUCUGCACAGAGUCAUGUCACAAACACAAUCUCUCCUGCGUCCUACUGUAUGAUGAUGAUGAUGAUGAAGCUCUUCAUAUUUAUUACUGAGGCUGUUCACACACUGGAUUCAGAGACACAGUCCACUUCAGGACGCUCCAUUAGAUUAAUAAGUGUUCUUCACUGGAGGUAUGGGUGCUGCAAAGGGACAAAUCUCUGUGUGUCUUUAAAUACUGUCAAAGCUUCAGCCUGGUGUCAGAACUCAAGCGAGUGCCGUGAUUGAUGAACAGAAGAACUCUUGUUGUGUUUGUAUUCUCCUUUGAUUGUCAUUGUUUUGUUUUUUUGUUGAGAUUUCUCUGAACCAAAACACUUGCGGAUGCACAUGGCGUCUGCUCCUCCUCUUCCUCUGCUGCCGCCGCCGGGAACUCUGGGGGAUGGAGUUCUGAUGACCAUUCCUGCUUUAUGUUAAGCUUAUUUGGAUAUAUAUAUAUACUGUGUGUGUGUUUGAAGCCCUUUUAAUUACUGUGUGUGUGAUGUUGUGAUCUCUCUUGGGCUGGGCCUAAUCACUCCAUUACUGUGUGUGUGUGUGUGUGUGUGUGUGUGUGUGUGUGUGUGUGUGUGUGUGUGUGUGUGUGAGAGACAGAGAGACUGUGUGUGUUUAAAGUGCGUCUGAAUGUUUAUUUUGCUAAUUGUAAUGGGUUUUAACCUGUGGAACUUUAAAAAUGAGACAAAAAAUACUGCAAAAUGGAGCGAGACCAAAUAAAGUUUAACACAACUCUAA